UGAUCAAGGCAACCAAAGACUACUUGGUUGCUCGACACAAUGCUCAAGACGCCGCACGUCAGGCGCAAGAAGAAAUUGUGCAUUUGCACCAAGUGCAGACCCGGAUCGAGAAGGAGAAGGAAUUGGUACACACUCAAGCCCAGCAAGAGACUCAGGCCAUUCGCGCAUCCGUGCGGGAAGAAGGCAACCAAAAUGCCGAGGAGUUCCGGAAACAAGCCAUGGCCCGCGAGCGCGAUAUCCAUAUCCUUAAAGAGCAAUACGCAGCCGUCCAAGAGACGUAUGGCGCGCGGAUCCAUAGCCUUCAAUCGCGGUUAACGACGCUUCGUGGCCGCUACAAGGGCCUCGAGAACAGGCGCAAUAUGGAGAUGGAAGGCUUCUCGCGCGAUGUCGCGACACUCAAGCGACACAUCGUGAAGCUCGAGAGUCUUUGCUUUGGGGCCAAGCUCACGCAAGAUGAGUUGCGCGGUCUACGCGUUGAUGAGAGCAACGUCUUUUCGUCCAACCAGCUCAACUCGGAGCUUGCACACCUCCAAGUACGUCUCGACUUUUGA